GUGGAAUUUCUGCGGCCGUAACAUGUUUACCUGGGCUGGCUGUCGUGGAAAUGAACCGUGCGGGACCCGUUAUCGCUCCGGAACAACUCACCGUUCCUGCGUGGUUCUCGCCUGCAGGGAGAGCACACUAUAGUACAAAUGCUUGAUGAAUAUGUGAUACCGAGAAGCGAUGUGAAGUACACUUACCAACCAACGGAAGCUACGGAGACCGAUUCUGCGCCCAGCUCCAGUACUUGGACAUCGAUCGACAGCACAGUCAGUACUGGCUAUACAUACAGUGACUCGCGCCGCUUGAGCGACUCUUCUAUUGCGACUGUUUCGACCUUUUUACCAACAUAUUCUAUUACGAGCCCUUUUUCGACUCAGACUACCGAGUUACCAACAUACUCGACUGUGUUCCAUGAACCAGAGACGCCUUCCCGAUCUGGAUUUGAACAUCAUCGUGAUACGGUCCAUCAAUUCUAUAUGCCUACCAGUAAAGGAAAGCCAUGGGCCAUUGUGAGGUUGAAAAGCAACGCGCGAUCACACACAGAUGCCCCGCAUUACUUUGCUGGUAAUCACGUUUCGGGGAUGUUUGCUCUCCAUCUCACAGAACCUACUCAACUCAAAGACAUCACUCUUGCGAUCAGAGGCCAAAUUAUUACAGGCGAAUACUGUAAUGAUAUCGCUGCAUAUACCUUUCUCGAUGAACUCAUCACCAUCUGGUCCAAAGACUGGGGUGAUCCGGGAGGUUCGCCGUUUAGUUCAAGUACCAAGUUCUCUGGAAAACUCUCGGGGGACUAUUCUUGGCCUUUUGAUCUUCCAUUUCCGACGGGUUUGUCUCACCAGGUCGGAAAUGCAUCCACUGCGACUCUCAUACGUCUCCCUGAUUCGUUCCGAGAAGCCAAUUGUAAUGGCAGCGUCCGAUAUCAACUGAUUUUUCGGGUUAAUAGAGGCAAAUUGCAAACGAAUAGCAAGUUACAAAUUCCUGUCCUGUACACCCCUAGGGUCACUCCUGAACCAAUGUCUCUAUUACGCCAGAUGGCGUAUGAAAACAGUCUUCCGCUGGCAGGACCAGACUCUGAUCCUGCUGGGUGGCAUACUCUCCCACCAGUGAUCUCCACCGGUAAACUUUUGGAUGGGAGCAGUGGAACGCUGCAUUGCACACUUUCAUUACCCCUCCCGCUCGUAUAUACCCGAGGAUCUGUUACUCCGUGUUAUUUGCGUAUGCAUAGUACCGAUAUCCGAAUUUUCCGCGCUCUCGACCUCCCAAAGGCAAUUAACUUAAUCUUGCGGCGUCGCAUCACGUAUUUAGAACCAAGAAUUGGAGUAAAGAAACGCCUACAGGACUGCACAGAAACAGCCGUCAUCGAUGUAUCAAAGGUCAUCUGGUGGUCGCCUGAUUCUCCUGACGACCCUCUCAGGCGAAUAUUCGAGGGCGAGCUCCAUAUACACAAACAGCUACCUGCUGCUUCGGAUUACGAGUUGUUCAGUAUCGAGUACGCCAUAGAACUUCUUCCCUUCAAGUCCCCCGGGUUCAUUCCUUUUAACAAAGAAUCCCUCUUGUCCCAGGUAGUGGAAGUAGCCACAGAGUUUGCCGAUGGUCCAAUCCCUAAGGCGUUGACGACGGCACCGAAACCCGACUUCCUGUACCGCACACAGGAUGCUGAUGCGUUUCUUCUUCUGAAUAGCCCUGACACAGGGGGAUUGUCCGUGCAUCAGCGUUGAGCUAGAGUAUGUAACACACCACGAUAGUUUUCAUGCGGAAAGAUUUUGUGUGUAUUUGCGUUGAUUCCUGACGAACUGAAGGACUCUUUUGGAUGGAAAGUGUGAUAUAUAAGCCCCACUGAACACGAAUUCUCCAAAAAAUCGACGCUCGACGCAGCGCCGUGCAUCGACUCCGCUGCUGGUAUAUGACCAUAGUAAUCGCUAUGGGUGGCAGGCAUCCAUUAGGUUUAAACUUGACACCGCCCAGGAUACUUAACACUGAAACUUAC